AUGACUUGUCGCGUGACGGUAUUUCGCGCGCAUGCUCAAAUCAGAAAGGCCAAUAAUGUCGGCUGCCGUACGCUCGAGACGGUUUCAAUUGGCUUCCGCUCACAUGUUACGCGCGUGGAAAUCAGUGAAUUUUGUCGGAAAAGCGAGCCAACAUCAAUCAACUCUAUUAUUUCAAGGUUACUGGCAUUGCAUGACCAAUUGUCCCUCCUCUUUCCCUUCAGCUCUUCGGAAUAUACAUCGGUAACUGUUGUUGUCCCCCCACACCCACUCUCUCUCUCUCUAUCUAUCUAUCUAUCUAUCUAUCUAUCUCCCUCUAUCAAGAUCUCUCUCCCUCCCUCUCUCUCUCUCUAUCUCUCUAACUCUCUCUCCCUCUCUCUAUCUCUCUCUACCUCUCUCUCUAUCUCUCUCCCUCUCUCUCUAUCUCUCUUUCCCUCUCUCUCUCUAUCUCUCUCCCUCACUUUCUCUCCCUCUCUCUCUAUCAUCUGCUGUCUGAACUUCAUGGUUUAG